CACAGUUUAGUGUUUAAUCAUCGUGGUGGAAGAUGCGUUGGUUGCCUUUCUCUGUUUUGAUAUUAUGGGCCUGUUGUCUUUACAGCGCCUCUGCGAAUAACAGCGGUGUCAAGAAAAUGAAGAUGCAGUUUGCCGCAGGUCCACUUCUCAAAUUCCAGAUUUGUGUCUCCUGAGGGUACAAGCGGGUGUUUGAGGAGUACACGCAGGUUUUGUACCAGCGGUACCCAGACAUCCGCAUUGAAGAAGAGAACUUCCUUCCCAUGCCCAUCUACAGGCACACUGCUUCCUUUCUGUCUGUGUUUAAGCUGUUGUUGAUAGGAGUGAUCAUUUUGGGCAAGGAUCCAUUUGCUCUAUUUGGGAUGGAAGCUCCAGGCCUCUGGGUUUGGAGUCAGGAGAACAAGAUAUAUGCCUGUAUGAUGGUGUUCUUCUUCAGCAAUAUGAUUGAAAAUCAGUGUAUGUCCACAGGUGCUUUUGAAAUUACGCUUAACGAUGUUCCAGUUUGGUCCAAGUUGGAGUCAGGCCAUUUACCUUCCAUGCAGCAACUGGUCCAGAUUCUCGAAAACGAGAUGAAAAUGAACGUACACAUGGACACACUUCCACACCAUCUCUCAUAACCUUGCCUCCGAUCCACUGCCUGGAGCCUAGACCCCCUCCACUUUUGAGGUGGAGCUCUUCUGCGGUUGCGAGGUGACAUUUAUGAAGGCUUGUGCUGAAAGUAGACACUCUACUAGCGCAAGCCCGAUGCUCUUCUCACUGCACCCCUAGGAGAUGCACCGCCUACAGAUGCUGAUGAGGGAUCCAAGGCAAUAGCAGCGGCCAUAUAAAUAUGACUUCAGACCAUUUCUUGUGAAAUAAUAAUUUUGAUCAGGAUUUAUGAUUAUUGUGUCAACAAAAUUUAUGAUUGCAUAUUUGUCUUUCCAUCCCAUCCUGCUGUAUGGUCUUUAUAUUUUAUUUAAUAUGUAGUUUAGUAAGUUCUAAUUUAUGCGUUAAAUCAUGAUAGUUUAACAUCAAAGCAACAUUAAUUAUAUUUCUGAGCCCUGAUUUUUAUAUUGCU